UUUUCAAUCCAAGCACUCCAGUGGGGAAACAAAAUGGGUUGCCAAAUUGGGGAAAGCUUUUCGCCAUUGCUUCCCAACAGAAUGCCAACGCAGUAGCAGUCUCUCGUCGGUCCUUCAGUGAGUCACAGCUAGUUCUGCGGACGCGUUAAAGCACUAACCCAGGUGCCUUCCGCGUGAGAGCACCUUCAGAUGUAUUUCUUUUUUGUUUUAGCCUCGCUGAUGGUUGCCAGUACCCAACCGGUUCUGGCAUACCUAUCAGCGGGCUUGAAAGAUCAGCUACUGUCGGACGUGUUGUUGCGUGAGAUCGUGGAUCGCAUGGGCAAGGACAUAGCAGAAGCGGCCGAUUCUUAUAUAGAUCCGAUGGACGAAUUUCCUGGACAUUUAGCGAUGAUGGCACGAGGCUCCAAAGAUCUGGAAUCUGAACAACUAGAUUACGAUGUUCUGAUGGAUGGUAAUCCGAACCCGUCUCCCCGGGACCAGGAAUACCUUCAGCAUAGUUCGCUAUGGGGUCAUCAAUACGUAUCGGGUGGAACCGGAGAAGGGCCCCAUCGACCGAAACCGCAGGUUAAGACAGACGCCAGCCUACCGGCUUACUGCAAUCCGCCUAAUCCCUGUCCGGUUGGAUACACGGAAGAUCAAGGAUGUACGCUAGAUUUCGAAAAUACUGCAGCGUUCAGUCGUGAAUAUCAGGCCGCCCAGGAUUGUAUGUGUGACGGAGAGCAUAUGUUCAACUGCCCGUCCCAGCAGCAGAGUGAAACUAGUCCACAAAUGGACUCGGAUUUGGAGAGCUUUAUUGCCCGGCAGUUCCACACCCAGGAACAUAAAAAUUUGGUGGCAAAGAAAUAUCACGUUAAGAAGAACUCCAAUCCUUUUCUGCGAGGCGAAAAACUCCCGACCGCUGCCAAAAAAGGCUUCAACGUCCAGGUCUAAGCCCACUGUCUAGCGCAACAACAACGGCACGACAAUCGGAUUCCCACAAGACAGUAUACAUGUGCUACUGUCGAUGAUGAAAACCUAGCGCACCGAACAAGGCUAACGACACAAGAACAUUUAGGUAGAUAUAUGAGUAUAAUUGUAAAUUACUACACCUAGAGCAGCUAGUAGUAACGUAGAAAAAUCAAAUUUUCAAUGCAAUCAAUCACAAACGAAUCGCACGAUUCUUCUAAAAUGUCCCACUAUUUUUUGUACGGAUUUGGUGAUUCGGCAAGUUUCCAUCUUUAGCAGAUGCAUGUAUUCAGCCAGUCAAAGAAAUAGCAGUAUUUGAUAUUGAUUACAAAACUGACCCUUUUCCAAUCUUCUGUGAUAUGUUUAUCCGAUAACUAAUUAAACCGAACACGUACCAAUCGUAAGUUCAGAUGAUAGAGAUUAUUGUGCUAAUCGUGCUAUAACCAACGUUAAAGUAGUUCGGCCAUGGAGCAAAUAUUUCCCCAUGGAACAUAAUGUAUUGAGUGGCCCCAAAUUCCGCAUUCUUUCGAACAUGCUUGAUUGGCUGUGUUUACUAUGAUGACUAAGAAAACAAAUUAGUUUCUGGUAGGUGCAUAGGGACCACAGCCAUGAUGCAAAAAGCACGCAUGCCGCGAAAGCAACGUGCAGAUAGCGACACCAUAGCGGCGCAGCUUUAUGCUGACAAGGCACGAAAGAAGCUCUCCGUUCGAUAUGAGUAACAUUCAACCGUAGACAUAUCAUGGGAAAAAAGCUUCGAUUGAGAAAUGAUAAAAGUGAUGAGAACCGACGCUACACAGUAGUGCGGUAGUUCGUUCUCCCUGGUGUUGAUGUCUCUUUUUGACCUACAGCUAAAAGGUCUUGACAGUGCGGAGAAGAAAAAAUGCCGUCGCCGCACAGUGGUCACAGAGCGCAAAAGAAGAGUUUUUUUGCGCCGUGUUUUAAGAAGUUUUUAGAGUAAUACUCAUAUUUUGUCUCGCCGUAUCCGUGAUCAAUGUUUCCAACUCCGAGUUGUUUUCUUCUAUUAUUUACAUCGAAAGGUAUUAACUUCAACAAAUAUGUAACAGAACUUAUUAGGUUAUCAUCACUUUUGUUAUCGUAUCGUCUUAUCCCUUGUGUAUCAAUCCACAUGGCGUCUGUUUGAUUUGUUAGCAAAAAGGACUUGGUAAGAAUAAUUAUUUUUUCUGCGUUUCUUGAACGAACAGAAAAUGUGUUCGAUACUAUGCGUGCAGUAAGAUAUAAGCUUUCAUUUAAUGCAUUAGGUUUUUGAAAAGAGCAAAGUCAUGUAAUAUACUGCCGCGAACCUAUGUGUACACAUAAAAAAAUAUAUAUUUUGCAAACCUUAAUUAACGAAAUGAUGAGUUAGUUCCAUGUUCCAUUUAAUUUUAGUACGUUCAUUUACGUCCGUGAACAAUUCGGACGCAAAUGAAAGUAGAAUUAUGGAUCAUUUUAAAUGUGCUGUUUUAAAUAGAAAACGUUAACAGCACCUAGAUACCAUCUUUCGCAGAGUUGUGCAUUUUAAGAACCUAAAUUACUUUCUAGAACGUAAUAAAUCUCAAAAAUUCAUAAAAUAAUUAAUGGUGAAAAAUUGUUUAUGACGGGGCUUUUUUAAACAACACUAUAUUUUGAAAUCACAAACAAUAGAAUAUUUGUGAUUUCGGAAGAGAUGAUUGUAAUAAGUUUCUCUUCAAUAUUUCCAAAGGGAGUAUUUAUCGACAUAAAUGAUCAGAAAAAAAAUAGUUUUUUUAGUUUUGAACUAUUAGGAGGAUUAUUCAUCGAUUUGAUGAGAUAAAAAGAAAGUUUGUAUAACUCUUAGAAACUUUUUAUAACACAUCAUACUCUAAAGUUUAUAAUUUUAGAGUAACAAAAAGCUCCUCUGUUGCGCUUUGGGAUCACUGUGCGGCGAGAGUUACUGUAUGACAUUAUAAUACGGUAACUUAAUCAGUUGUAGAACACGUACCGAGCUGUAAAAAGCUUUUCAAGUUUGCUACAAAACUAAAAAGAUAAAUAUACAAAAUGAGGCAUUUAUUUUAUCAAGACUCUUAAAUCUAUAUGUAAAGUAUGUAAUGCAUAAAUAUUUUAAUUUACAAGUUAAAUCAAUGAUGUUGAAUCAUCUUCAUUCAGAUACAGAGAACAAAGAGAACUAAGGUGAAAUAUCAUCGAAAAACGUCUUGCUAUAAACCAGCAGAGAAUAACGACCACAACCAAGUCAACCAAACCAGACUAGAAAUUUGACUAUAACUUCUUCGCGCGAGUGUGUAUGUUCGAAGAGCAGUGGCCUUUGGUUUGCAUUUACUUGACUCGACCACCAAUACCAUCUGGGACAGUGAAGAACUGCAGCGAGUCACCAGAACAUCAUUUCAAAUCAAACCACAGGCUAGUCGAGAACGUACAAAUGAUUAACAUAUACAAAAUAUUGACUAACCCUACAAAUAAUAAUCAAAUAAAAGUGUUUUAAAUGACAUAAUGAAUACUAAGUUACAUAAACGACGAUAGUUAAUACGUCCUUACAAAAUAUAAGUAGACAAUAUAGAGGCAGUCCGAAUUGUAAGGCGUCCAAAACUAAGGUGUGAAAGCUGCAAAACAACAUCUGUCAGUACAAGUACAAGCUGCAAAUAAAUAUGAAUGUUUCUAUCUAUUAAAACAUAAUGCAAGUCCAGCAGCACUGCAUCGAUAACAUCUGGCGAGAGCGUAACAAAAGCCAACAAAUUAUAAUGUAUAUUUCACUAAUAAGAGCAACAACUACCCGUAAAAUAAUGGAUGUUUUAAGAACUAAUCACUAUAAUGACUAUAAUUACUGUUUACAAAAGCCCAAUAUUCUUUAUAUGAAAUUAUUUAACAAAUCGUUUGUAUCCUUGAAUACCCUAAUGAAUUGUAAAAAUGUGUAAUUGAUGAAAAUAAUCAAAUAUUUCUAUAUUACUCAACCACAAAUUUGACAAUUGUAACCGUAAAAAUGAAAUUAUUCAUAUACUAUAUAUUUAUUGAAUCCUUGUCAUGAAGCAACGUUUUAACUAUCAAAACAACCAGAAAUAUAUUGUAUUCCGCAAAACUUAAAAGCAUAGAAAUAAAUACAAUAAGUGUAAUAUUUCUGCAA